AUGAGUGAUAAAUCCAGAAGAGCUUUUCUUUUUGGAGUGACUACAGUUUUAAUAUUCUGUUCUUUUGCUACAGUAGAAUCUUAUAGAUAUAUGUGGAUAUUUGGAAGCAUAUGUGCAUUUUUGUUGUUGUUAAUUGACAUAAUGUUUUUUGGUGCUGAUAAAUUUAAUUAUGAUCCAUUUUAUUCUAAUUGGGAAAAAAAGAAUAUAAAAGACAUUUAA